CCCUCGACAUGUCAGUCCUCACAUCCAGACUGUGCCCGCUGCUCCGGGCGCAGCUCGGCCUUUACGCGGCCCCAGGACGCGCGGCGGCCCGCGGCUUCUCCUGCUCCGUCAGCUGUCCGCAGCUCCGGGCGGCCGGUACCGGUAAACCCGGCUCUCUGACGGGUAAACUGGACCGGUUCGGGGGGGUGACGGUGAACCUGGACGAGCUGGGACUGCCGCCGGACAUCAGCGAGACGUCGUUCAGCGCGCUGCUGCGAGAGUCUCUAGAGCGGUGGAGAGCAGACGGGAAGGUGGCGGUGUGGCUGCGGGUUCCCAUCUCUCUGAGUCGGUGCGCGGCCGCCGCCGCGGCCCACGGCUUCACGUUCCACCACGCCAAGAGCGACCACGCCGUGCUCGCCCUCUGGCUGGGAGAAGGGGAGAGCCGGCUGCCGAGGUUCGCCAGUCACCAAAUCGGAGUGGCAGGUGCAGUGGUCGACGAGCAGCCCGGAAAGGUUCUUGUCGUCCAGGACAAAAACAAGACGCUAACUGAAUGUUUCCCAGGUGCGACCGCCGUGCGCGAGGUGUUCGAGGAGACCGGCGUCCGCUCCGAGUUCAGGUCUCUGCUCAGCAUCCGGCAGCAGCACAACCACCCCGGCGCCUUCGGCAUGUCGGACAUGUACAUCAUCUGCCGGCUGAGCCCGCUCACCUACGACAUCGACUUCUGCACGCAGGAGUGUCUGCGCUGCGAGUGGCUGGAGCUGCGCGAGCUGGCCCGGACCAGCAGCACCACGCCCAUCACCUCGCGCAUCGCCCGGCUGCUGCUGCACGGCCUGGAGCACGGCUUCGGGGACAUCGACCUCGCCAUGGAGGAGCUCCCGGCCGUCUACUCCGGGAUGUUUUACCAGCUGUACCACAGACAGCCUCCCGUAACAACCAAACAAUAGAGAGAGCGGGCAGAUCUGC